AAAUAUUUUCCUUCUGUUUUGUUUUGUUGUAAAUGUAUUUUUAUCAAUAAAGACCGAUUAAAAAAAAAAACCCGCCCCAAUCUCCACUGGGCGGGACCUUCACAAUAAAGCGCGAUUGCGUGCACAAUUUAGAACAUGACUUCAUUUGCGCAGGACCAACGUUACCGGAUAGAGCUUUUAAGAAAAAUGGUUUUUGUUGAAACUAUCAAUCUCUCAAUGCAGUGAACAUGUCAAGAUAAUUGAUGGCGUUUACUCCACGUUGGUAUUCUCAGCGUUACUUGAGUCACUGCGACGACAUGCGGCGUCAUUUGAAGUCUCUGAAGAUGUCUGGAUGUAAUGGAUCCAACAUUUUAUAAAACCGACGAGGGAAAAAUACGUGUCACUAAAUCAAGCGCUGCGGUCUCCGUCCACUCAGCGGCGCCAGUGAGCCUUUCAGCGUCUUCCAAGAAUCCGCAGUUGAAGAAAAAAAAGAGAGGAAGAUGGCGGCCGAAUGAAGUUGCAGCCAUGCGGUUGCAGGGGUCCGUUCCGCUGGUGGAGGUGGUCCGCCUGGGCCUGCUGCCUUACCGGGAAGCUGCGGGUGUCCAGCGGGCGUACGUGAAGAGCUGCCAGGAGGGGACGGGCCACGCCCUGCUGCUGUGCCAGCACCCGCCCGUCUACACCACGGGCAUCCGGCAGAAGGAGGAGCCCCCCGCCGAGAUGGAGCGCCUGCGUCUGCUGGGGGCCCAGGUCCACCGCGCCGACCGAGGGGGACUCACCACCUUCCACGGGCCCGGACAGCUGGUGUGCUACCCGGUCCUGCACCUCGCCGCCUUCAAGAAGAGCAUCCGCUGGUACGUGUCGCAGCUGGAGCGGACGGUCGUGGCGGCGUGCCGAAGCUUCCGCGUGGAGGCGUCCACGUCGCCCUACACCGGCGUUUGGGUCGGAGACAACAAGAUUUGCGCCAUCGGCGUCCGCUGCUCGCGCUACGUGACGUCCCACGGUUUGGCGCUCAACUGCAACACGGAUCUGGCCUGGUUCCGUCACAUCGUCCCGUGCGGCGUGGCCGGCAAGGGCGUGACGUCGCUGAGCGCGGAGCUUCGCCGGGACGUCGGCGUGGACGAGGCCGUCCCGCACGUGCUGCGCGCCUUCGCCGACGUCUUCGGCUGUCGGCUGGCCGACGUCCGUCCGCCGCCCAUCGGGUGAAGCCGCGGACGCGGUGGUCGGCGGGACUUUUGCCAUCCGAUUUUGCUCUUGUCUUGUUUUAUUAAAACUUUGAAAAAAUG